UGAGCGGCUGACCCGGGCCACAGCGGCAGCAGGUGGCGGCGGCGGCCGCGGGACCUCUGUGCCGCUACGAACCCUCCCUCCCCCGGGCUCGGACGCGGGCUUGGACAGCGGGGCUGAGUCGCCGAGGAGAGCCCUCGCUUCCUCACCACCCUUCUCACUCCGCAGCCCGCGGGGGUCGGCGAUGGCGGAGCGGCUGCCGCCGGGUCCCCCGGCGAUUUUUUGCCAGGAAUCUCCGAAGCGCGUCCUUGUUUCCGUUAUUAAAACCACCCCCAUCAAGCCCUCCUCGCGGGGGGGCGGCGAAGAGCCGACGCCCGCCCCGCCUGUCCCCACCAGUCCCGGCUUCAGCGACUUCAUGGUGUACCCCUGGCGAUGGGGCGAGAACGCUCACAACGUGACCCUCAGCCCCGGCGGCACCGCCGCACCCCCGACCCUCCCGCCGCCCCGCGGGGGAACGGGCAGAGCCACUGCCAGCGACCAGGAAGAGACGGGGAACCUGGGAAGCGGCGGCAGCGGCGGCAGCAGCAGCAGGCACCGGCACCUGAAGGAUGGGAUAAGGCGUGGCCGGCCGAGAGCAGACACCGUCCGUGACCUCAUCAGCGAGGGAGAGCACUCGUCCAGCAGGAUACGUUGCAAUAUCUGCAAUAGGGUCUUCCCACGGGAGAAGUCGCUGCAGGCUCACAAACGAACUCAUACCGGUGAAAGGCCUUAUUUGUGUGACUACCCAGACUGUGGGAAAGCCUUUGUUCAGAGCGGGCAGCUCAAAACUCACCAGCGUCUCCACACAGGGGAGAAACCUUUCGUCUGCUCAGAGAAUGGUUGCUUAAGCAGAUUUACCCAUGCAAACCGUCACUGCCCCAAACACCCGUAUGCCCGACUGAAGAGGGAAGAGCUCACAGAUAGCCUGAGUAAGAACCAGACGGCUGACAAUAAAGCUGUGGCAGAGUGGCUAGCAAAAUACUGGGAGACCAGAGAGCAGCGUGCUCCUGCUUUGAAAACUAAAGCAAUCCAGAAAACAGAUCAGGAGCAGCAGGACCCCAUGGAGUAUCUUCAGUCUGAUGAAGAGGAUGAUGAAGAGAAAAACGGUGCGCAUUCAGCUGCUCGCCGCCGCCGCCUCCAGGAGCAGCGCGAACGCCUGCAUGGUGCACUGGCUCUCAUCGAGCUUGCAAACCUAGCUGUGGCACCCCUGCGGCAGUAGAUAGCAACAGUCUGCCUGUACAAAAUGUACCUCCUGGUGGUACUUAACCAGUUAGAUGCUGGGCAUAAGCUAAGCACCUUAUUUGCUUAUUAUAGGCUGCUAUUCUGUAGAAUUUAUGAAGAAUGUCGUUGCCUCAUAAGAUGGGGUGAGAGAAUUGCACUUUUUGUAAGGUAAAAGACAGAUGUAAAGUUUCUAAGUAUUUUGUAAAUAUAGGACUGCAUAAUGCAGGGUUGACAAAUUUAUGCAUUGUAGGAAGCUAGAUUUUGCAAGGUUAACUCAUUUGUUUGAAGCAGUUUUCAUAUAAAGCACUUUCCGAACAAAGUGUUUGUGAUUAGCAGAAUGGUACACGUGGCCAAAGAAGGCUGACAAAAAGAGAAGUGUAUAUCUGGCUAUUUAACUAAAUUUAUAUUAAGUGGUAUGUCUAAAUAUAUAAAGCAGCAAUGAAACCAAUUUUUUCUAAUGUCAGUAUAUCUUUGACUGACAAAAAGAAAAGUAUAUAUCUGGCUAUUUAACUAAACUUAUAUUAAGUGGUCAGUCUGAGGAUAUUAAGCAGCAAUGAAACGAAGGUUUUGUAAUGUCAGUAUAUUUUUACCUAGUAUCACUCAGGCAAAAGGCAAAGCUUAGUUAGCUUGUAGAGGGGAAGAAACUGUUUCAUGCAGGAAACUAGGAUUGUGCAGGAUCUUCACUGGGACUGCUCAAGGUAUGACACUUGACUUUGCUGUUUUAUGUUUUCUGAUUUGAUUUCAGCAGAAUCUCUUGGUAGCACUUGUUAUUCCUAACGUGAUGUUAGGAAAUUUUGCACAUUGUUUGGUAUAUCUGAAAAUGAUUACUCUUGCAAAGUCUAGACAGAGGUAAACAAUUGGAAUAUUUUUUUUCAGAUACUUUUGGACCCUGUAGUGAUUUGGCACUUGAUUUUGUUAAUAAAUGGGAGACUUACAGGGUAGUAUGGAUUUAUAGUAAACUAUUCUAGAUCUCCUACUAGCAAACACUAAGUUUUAAAGCAUUGCUUUUAUAUAAUUAAUAGCAAAUAGAAGCCUCCGUAUUUUCCGUGCAUAAAGCCACCUUAUUGCUUUACUUCAGGAUAACAUGCCAGUUUUAUUUUCACUAACUGUAGCACAGCUAUCAAUUAAAGAGUGCAGAAAAAUAUUCAUUAUACAACUAGAAUAUAGGCUUCCAAAGAUAGUUGCAAGCGUGUUAACAGUGUGAUUCCAUGUAUUUCUCAAAUAAACAAAGUUACAGAAUGCUGUCUAGUACUCAGAUGUUGAUAUAAAAUGUUAGGCAGGCUAUCUUGUCAUUACGUGAAUGCUGUAUACUUUGAAAUAGGAUUGUCUCAUGAUGAUGUUUUGCUGUAUUUUGCUUUGAAGGGAACCAGAGAUUCCUGAUAUGCUAACAAAACUUUCUUUUCAGAUUGGAUGUUUUGUUGUGUGUUGUUUGUGUUGUGGGUUUUGUUGUU